CGUCAUGCCUUGCGCGCGGCGGCGAUUCGUCAGCAGCCAAACAGGUCCGAAAAGAUGGCGGUGUCCAUGGCGAAGCUCCAGGCUGCACAGCAGUGUCUGCUGCUCGUUUCUGUCCUGUUCCAUUGCUCGGCUCGGGGUGGAGCAGCGGGCGAGGAGGCGCCGCAUCGCCGCUUCGAGUAUAAGCACAGCUUUAAAGGUCCUCACCUGACUCAGAGCGACGGAAUGAUCCCGUUCUGGGUUCACACGGGCAAUGCGAUCCCGAGCGCUGAUCAGGUCCGGAUCACACCGUCUCUGCGCAGCCAGAAGGGCUCGGUCUGGACCAAAACUCCGGUGAACUUCGAGCACUGGGAGGCCGAGGUGGCUUUCCGCAUCUCCGGCCGAGGAAGAACCGGAGCUGAUGGACUGGCCAUAUGGUACACAGAGAAUCAGGGUCUGGAUGGUCCAGUAUAUGGAGCUGCUGAUCAUUGGAACGGUGUGGGAAUUUUCUUCGACUCCUUCGAUAAUGACGGGAGGAAAAAUAAUCCAGCCAUCAUCGUUGUGGGAAACAACGGUAAACUGACCUAUGACCAUCAGAACGACGGUUCAACCCAGGCCCUGGGAACCUGUCUUCGGGAUUUCAGAAAUAAACCAUAUCCCGUCCGAGCCAAAAUCACCUACUACAAGAAGACCUUAACGUUGUGGAUUAAUUACGGAUUCACGCCAGGGAAAGACGAUUAUGAAUUCUGUGCCAAAGUGGAAAAUAUGAUCAUUCCAUCCACAGGAUAUUUCGGCAUCUCGGCUGCUACAGGAGGACUCGCAGAUGAUCAUGAUGUUUUGUCGUUCCUGCUGUUCCGAUUAACUGAGCCUGGACAAAACCUGCCUCCACCUGAACAAGAGAUUCCCAAAGAGGAGCAGGACAAGUACCAGGAGGAAUUUCAGAAUUUCCAACAAGAGCUGGACAAAAAGAAAGAAGAGUUUCAGAAGGAGCACCCUGACGUCCACGGGCAGCCCAUGGAGGAUCUCUAUGAGAGCGUGAGCGACCGUGAGGUCCGUCAGGUGUUCGAGGGCCAGAACCGAAUCCACCUGGAGAUCAAACAGCUGAACCGGCAGCUGGCCAUGAUUCUGGACGAGCAGCGCCGCUACGUCUCCAUCGUCAGCGAGGAGAUCUCCAAACGCACAGGAAACACCCAGUCGGGGCAGGGUCCGAGUCAGGAAUUGGACACGAUCAUGACGAAUCAGCAGGAAGUCCUGCGCAGUCUGAACGAGUUGAGAAACAGCGUUUCAGCGUCGGUGCAGCAGCUGAGUGCAGCGCAACAGGGAAACACCGGCGCUUUGGGCGCGUACGAGUCGAUCCAACACUUUAACGAUAUCAAGGAGCAUCUUCACGUCGUCAAGAGGAACGUGGAGAACAUCAUCCAGAGGAAUGCGGCUCCACCAGCUGAGAAGCAGAAGUGUCCCGAUCCUCCUCCUCCUCCUCCCUGCCUAUCCACUGUGCACUUCGUCGUCUUCAUCGUCGUCCAGACGCUGCUGUUUUUUGGAUACGUCAUGUACAAAAGCCAGCAAGAAGCAGCAGCAAAGAAGUUUUUUUGAUGAAUUUCGUCGAGCUCAGCACGAGUCAUCUAGUUUUGAUGGGAAAUCGGCGUUGUCGUUGUUCUAAGUUAUUCUACUUGAAAACCUGAAGUAUUUUUUUUAAUUUGAUCAGAAUUGUACAGGGUGUAAAUGAGUGAGUGAUGGUUUUUUUUUUUUUUUUUUUUUUUUUUUUGGUUUAAAGUCCCUUUAAUUUCAUGUAUUAAUAUAUUUGGUUUAGUGUUUAAUGAAUUUCUAUACUUCAGUCUGCCUGCCUUCAGGAAAUCAACCACUGGCCCUCGGAGAUGUUGCUCUGCUUUUUUAUCACAAGUUGUUUAGAGGGGAAAAUGCUGUCUAUUCCUGAAGCCUUGUAGCCAAACUGCCAAAAACAAAACAAAACAUGGAUUUCUUUCUUUUUUUUUUCCUGAGCAAUUUACAUAAACAGAAUACAAACCCA